CCACCCGCCGUGCACCGCAUUUCUCCCAAGCCUUGCCGGCUUCUCUUCUCUCCCAUCACACUCGAGGCCACGCCUCCACCGCCGCCACCACCUCCUCCUCCUCCUCGUCGGCGUCGCCGCCGCCGGCGUCUUCUCCACCUCCUCCGCGCCGCGCUCGCAACCACCUUCCAGAUUGGAUGGGACUAUAACUGAAACCUUCUGUAUUAAGCUUCCGCGAGGGCUCACCUGCAGAACGUGAUGGUCACCAUUUACUGGUGCAGCAGGCAAAAAGUUGCAUGGAGCGCUACAGGCUGUACACUUUUGAUUUCCCUGCUGUUCUUUUUCUCUGGUUCACCGCAUAGGAUCCUCUUGAACAAGAAACCUCUCAAUUUCAAAACAGCACCAUCUAGGUUAUUGCGUGAGAUUAGCAUCAGUUCAAGUCGUGUUCAGAGGGUUAACAAUUCAUCCGCGGAGUUUGUUGCAAACCUGAAUGACCGUAAUGUAGAAAUUGUACAACAUAUGGAAGACAACGAUCAUAACAUCAUCAAUGCAACUGCAAAUGUGACUUCUGACUGGAGCAUUGUCAAGGAGGAAUUCACAUUUCCAGCUGGAAGUGCCCCUUUCAAUAGCUGCCAUGCUUCUACUAUUGUAGAGACUGAGAAGGAUAGUUUUUUGGUGGCUUAUUUCGGUGGAUCCAAGGAAGGUGCUCCUGAUGUGAAGAUCUGGCUGCAGAGAUACAGUGAUGGCUGCUGGCAUACUCCACAAGUGGCUGAUGAACAGGAUGAGGUACCUAUGUGGAAUCCUGUUCUGUUUCAGCUCCCUUCUCAUGAGCUUCUUCUCUUCUACAAGAUUGGCCAAGAAGUUCAGAAGUGGAGUGGUGCCAUGAAAAGAUCUCUAGAUGGAGGAAAAACCUGGUCGGCAAGAGAACAGCUACCACCUGGCAUCCUUGGUCCUAUUAAGAAUAAGCCUUUCUUGGUUGAAGAUGGGCGCUUGCUAUGUGGGUCAUCUGUUGAAAGCUGGAACUCUUGGGGUGCAUGGCUUGAGGUCACAAAAGAUGCCGGACGAACAUGGCGGAAGUAUGGCCCUAUAUAUAUUGAAGGCGAAACACUAGGGGUGAUCCAGCCAGUUCCCUACAUGACUGCCAAUGGGACUAUUCGAGUGUUGCUGCGAUCUUUUGAGACAAUUGGUCGUGUCUGCAUGGCUGAUUCUGCUGAUGGGGGUGUAACAUGGAGUUAUGUGCACGAGACUGACCUUCCUAACCCAAACUCUGGGAUUGAUGGAGUUAAGAUGAAGGAUGGGAGAGUACUCCUUGCUUACAACACCUUCUCCAGAGGAACACUAAAAGUUGCAGUCUCCAUGGAUGAUGGUGAUUCAUGGAACGAUGUAAUGACAUUGGAAGAUACUGAAGGCAUGGAGUUUUCAUAUCCUGCAGUGAUCCAGACCAUGGAUGAUCUCAUACAUAUCACGUACACAUACAACCGGACACAAAUUAAGCAUGUUGUUCUUCAACCUAGCGGGAAAGUGAGGUGGUGAGUGUGCAACUAUUGGGAGAGUUAUUGCUGCCAAUUGCAAGGCACGCAAGUUUUUCUCUAUGUGUGUCACAUCAUAUUGGCUGGACCGUGGUGCUAAAUUGGUCAUCAAUGAUUCUUUUUUUGGGUAUAUUUGGUCAUUUGCAUAAUUUCUUGCAAUUGUAACCUAAUUAAUAAUCUCCCUGAUUCCUAUCAACAAUGAUAUUGAACAUCUGUACAUAUGCCCCAAAGUUUAACAUAAGUUGUUCCGUAUA